AUGGUUAUGGGAGCCCCCGGGGCCGUGCUGCGGCCCUCCAGGUCUCCAGUGCUCGCUGCAGAAGCUGACCCAGUGCAGGUUGCUGGCCAGGCCGUAGCUGCACCUCGCGUGUCCGACCGCGUCGACCAGGCGGUCCUGCCCCCAGAGCCAGCAGGUCUCUGCUCGGGCUCUCCGGCGACGGGGGCGGUGGGCACGCGGCUGGGAACGCGGGCGGCCGCGCCCCGGGGCCGUCAGCUGCUGCGCGGGGCGAGGGCACCCAGGGGCCCGUGGUGCCCCUGCGGCUGCCCUGCCGGCUGCUCCGCCGCGGCCGCCUGCGCUGCCGCGGCCGGGGCGGCGGCGGGCGCCAGUCGGGCAGGCUGCUCCGCGGGCCUGCCCUGCCGCAGCCGAGCGGGACGGUCGGCGCUGCGCCUGCGCCUGGGCCCAGAGGGGCGCCGAUGA